GAUGCAUUGCUCCGACUGGCCUCAGUCACAGACUCCUCUUCCCUGCAGGAUGCCAUCAGAAAGGCUCUCCAGGCUGUCCUCUCUGAAGUGGUGUGUGUCUACUGUCUCCGUCAUGAUUUGUAUCUAAAGUCUGUGUCCUAUCCACCACCAUACUGUAUUCUCCCUGUGGUAGGGCUUACAGAGAAACUGGAAACCAAUUGAAUGACACAAAACAGACCAAAGACCAUCCACUUGUACAUGUUUGACCAAAUAAUGAAAUAAAUGUAAUAGAAAUUCCAACCAUAUUUUCUCCUGCUUGGCCUUAAAGUAUACAUACACUCCCCUCCAUAUACAGUUGAAGUCGGAAGUUUACAUACACCUUAGCCAAAUACAUUUAAACUCAGUUUUUCACAAUUCCUGACAUUGAAUCCUAAUAAAAAUUCCCUGUCUUAGGUCAGUUAGGAUCACCACUUUAUUUUAAGAAUGUGAAAUGUCAGAAUAAUAGUAGAGAGAAUUAUUUAUUUCAGCUUUUAUUUCUUUCAUCACAUUCCCAGUGGGUCAGAAGUUUACAUACACUCAAUUAGUAUUUGGUAGCAUUGCCUUUAAAUUGUUUAACUUGGGUCCAACGUUUUGGGUAACCUUCCACAAGCUUCCCACAAUAAGUUGUGUGAAUUUUGGCCCAUUCCUCCUGACAGAGCUGGUGUAACUGAGAAGGUUUGUAGGCCUCCUUGCUCACACACACUUUUUCAGUUCUGCCCACACAUUUUCUAUAGGAUUGAGGGCUUUGUGAUGGCCACUCCAAUACCUUCACUUUGUUGUCCUUAAGCCAUUUUGUCACAACUUUGGAAGUAUGCUUGUGGUCAUUGUCCAUUUGGAAGACCCAUUUGCGACCAAGCUUUAACUUGCUGACUGAUGUCUUGAGAUGUUGCUUCAAUAUAUCCACAUAAUUUUCCUUCCUCAUGAUGCCAUCUAUUUUGUGAAGUGCACCAGUCCCUCCUGCAGCAAAGCACCCCAACAGCAUGAUGCUGCCACCCCUGUGCUUCACGGCUGGGAUGGUGUUCUUCGGCUUGCAAGCCCCCCCUAUUUCCUCCAAACAUAACGAUGGUCAUUAUGGCCAAACAGUUCUAUUUUUGUUUUAUCAGACCAGAGGACAUUUCUCCAAAAAGUACGAUCUUUGUCCCCAUGUGCAGUUGCAAACCAUAGUCUGGCUUUUUUAUGGCGGUUUUGGAGCAGUGGCUUCUUCCUUGCUGAGCGGCCUUUCAGGUUAUGUCGAUAUAGGACUCGUUUUACUGUGGAUAUAGAUACUUUUGUACCUGUUUCCUCCAGCAUCUUCACAAGGUCCUUUGCUGUUGUUCUGGGAUUGAUUUGCACUUUUCGCACCAAAGUACGUUCAUCUCUAAACGCUUCUCCUUCCUGAGCGGUAUGACGGCUGCGUGGUCCCAUGGUGUUUAUACUUGCAUACUAUUGGAAAUUGCUCCCAAGGAUGAACCAGACUUGUGGAGGUCUACAAUUAUUUUUCUGAGGUCUUGGCUGAUUUCUUUAGAUUUUCCCAUGAUGUCAAGCAAAGACGCACUGUGUUUGAAUGUAGGCCUUGAAAUACAUCCACAGGUGCACCUCCAAUUGACUCAAAUGAUGUCAAUUAGCCUAUCAGAAGCUUCUAAAUCCAUGACAUAAUUUUCUGGAAUAUUCCAAGCUGUUUAAAGGCACAGUCAACUUCAUGUAUGUAAACUUCUGACCCACUGGAAUUGUGAUACAGUGAAUUAUAAGUGAAAUAAUCUGUCUGUAAACAAUUGUUGGAAAAAUUACUUGUGUCUUGCACAAAGUAGAUGUCCUAACCGACUUGCCAAAACUAUAGUUUGUUAAAAAGAAAUUUGUGGAGUGGUUGAAAAACAAGUUUUAAUGACUCCAACCUAAGUGUAUGUAAACUUCCGACUUCAACUGUAUAUUUGGACAGUGAAGCUACUUUUAUUUUAUUUUGGCUCUAUACACCAGCAUUUUGGAAUUGAAAUAAAAUGUUUAAUAUCAGGCAACAGUACAGAAUGUCACCUUUAUUUGAGGGUAUGUUCAUAUAUCUGUUUUACUGUUUAGAAAGGAAAGCACUUUAUGCAUCUAGUCCCCCCAUGUCAUAAGUAUUUGGAAAAAUUCCCUUACAGGGUAUCAAAAGUUUAGUAUUUGUUCCCAUAUUCCUUUCACACAAUGACUACAUCAAGCUUGUGACUCUACAAACUUGUUGGCCGCAUUUGCGGUAGGUUUUGGCUUAUGUUUUGCCCAAUAGGAACUGAGUGAGUAGAUAAGAUGUUUCUGAACACUAAAUUAAUAAUAUAAUGCCAUGAUUAAGAAGAAUUAAGAAUGAAUUGUGAAUAAUGAUGAGUGAGAAUAUUACAGAGACUUCAACAAAUCAUGCUAACCUCUCACCAUUACCACUAACAGGGGAGGUUAGCAUUUUUGGGGGGGUAUGAUCUUUGUGCCUCUGUAACCUUUUUCUCACUAAUCAUUAUUGAUGACCCAUUCAUGAUUAUCCAUACUCAUGGUAGCAUCCACAUGAAUGUAGAAGUGUUCAGAAACAUCUUCUAUUCUUACUUACAAUAAAAGUGACUCCAAAAUGGCACAAGACAUUAUUCACCAUUCAGUUCCUAUUGGGCAAAACGUAAUCCAAAACACAACCAAAACAAACCGCAAAUGCAUCCAACAAGUUUGUAGAGUCACAAGCUUGAUGUAGUCAUUGCGUGCUAGGAAUAUGGGACUAAAUACAAACUUUUGACUAAACGUAAUACACUAUAAGUGAAUUUGCCCAAAUAAUUAUAGGGGGGACUAGAGACAUAAAGUGCUUUCAAAACAGAAAUGUAUGAAAAUACCCUAAAACAAAAGCUGACAUUCUGUACUGUCGCCUAAUAUGAAACAUUAUAUCUUAAAUUAGAAUGCCGGAGUAUAGAGCCAAAUAAAAAAAUAUAGCUUUACUGUCCAAAAAUACAUAUGGAGGGGAGCGUAUGUGGUUUUUACCCUCCUCAUUAACAGGCUGCCCCCCCCCCCCCGUCCCCCGUCCCCCGUCCCGUCUCUGUUAUAGGACAGUGUAUACAUCUAUCUAUUAGAUGCAGAGACAGGACGCUUGUGGUGUGAAGAACCACCUCAUGAGCUACAGAAGAAGGGGAGACUCAGGUAAUAGGCAAAGCUGAUGUGGUGCCCAGUUGACCUGUACUUCAGACAGUCAUAAUUUAGUCUUCAUUUUCCCUCAAGUGACAUUGUUUGUAAUGUAAUAUAUCAGCCUAACGCGUAAUGUUUUUUAUAAAGACUACCUAUCAUUUAUCACAUCAUACAAGCAAUAUUAUAUAAUAUAACGAAUAUCUCUAUUAAUAUGUUAUAUUAUCUAGAUGGCUUAGGUUGUUACCUAACUGGCUAAAAGUGAAUUAGCUAGCUAGCUUACCAAUUGACCUAGCUAGCUAGCCAACCAACUUUUGUCGUACUAAUUUUGCGGACAAUUUUGGCAGACAACUUUUGGUAUGCAAUGCAAUGAUAUUGACAAAAUUUGGUGGACAAUUUUUGGCGCACAACUUUCGGUGGACAAAUUGACCAACAGGACCAUCGUCAAAAAUAACUUUAGCUGACUUUAGCUAACUAGGCAAGCUGGCUCCCAUGUCUCAAUCCCAGCAAUGUGUCGACAUGUUUUUGGAACACAGUCACAAGUUGACAAGCUAGAUAAGCUUGCUAGCUAGCAGAGAGACAGGCUAUGACACAUUAGCUAAGUUAGCUGGUCAAAAACAUUGCAGGCAGUGUAGCUUUUCUUGUAACGUUAUUAGUAUACAGGUAGUAACCUUAUAAUAAACGUUAGCUAGCUAGAUAUAACAAUCUAGAAAUGUUAGCUAGAUUAUAGAUAAAUACAGUAUAAUUUGUACAAAUACAUAGCUAGUUAAGUUAGCCAUAAAGUGUAGCUAUAUUAGAGGUUUACCACAUUGAACUUACCUGGUUUAUCUCCAUCAUUGCUGACACUCGCGAUGUACCGGAAGGUCGGUAGGGAACAGGUUGCAGGCUUCACAUUCAUGCUCGGCACAGCACCUGGUUUCAGUCGGAGUCUCAUUCCGAAUCCUGUCUUCCACUGGUUAUAGCCAUCAAAAUCCUCCGGGGUGAAAUGAGUACCGCAUACAGUAGAUGUGCCCGCGGUUCCCUUACUCCAAUCCACUCGCUUCAACCGGACAAACUAGUCCCACUUCAAAGCUAGCUUCUUGUUUUUGGGCCACAAAGGAGUUGUAACCCUGUCCUUGUGGGUAUUACUGCACCCAGCAACAACACACUACUUGGCAUAUUUAGCUUCUAAAAAAGCUGUUGGGUUGAGCUUUAAAAAAAGCUGUUGGGUCUGAAAUGAAAACUAACACUAGCUACAGACAAAGGAAAAAUACUACAACACUUACUAGCUCGCUCGACUACCACUACCAAACGCACAGGAGAAGAGCAGAUGCAGUUUUUCGCAUUCAUUUAUAUGGUUUCUUCUGCAUGUAUGUACAUAGUAGCUCACAAGCGCCAACACUUGGUUUGGAAUGUAAUUACAUGCUAGCAUGGCUAGUAGCUAACGUUAGCCAGCUGGAACUAGCUAGGUAGCACCGGUUCUCCAUAUGACGUUGAAAAAUAGUGCAUUGUGGGUAGUUCCGAACAUAUCCGGAAAUAAGUUAAUAAAUAUGUAAAAAUGUAGUUAUAGGUAACCAGUUAAUGACUACAACUAAGUUACUAAGUCUUUGACCACACUGAGUUAUUACUUUGGUGAGUAAAAACCCAUGCUUCCUACCCUUUAAAUAAAUCGGUAAUACUUUAUUUGGAUAGUCCAUCUGUAGCUGCUCUACAGACUAUCAAUAAGAUUUCAACUAACUAACUACAGUGAGGGAAAAAAGUAUUUGAUCCCCUGCUGAUUUUGUACGUUUGCCCACUGACAAAGAAAUUAUCAGUCUAUAAUUUUAAUGGUAGGUUUAUUUGAACAGUGAGAGACAGAAUAACAACAAAAGAAUCCUGAAAAAUGCAUGUCAAAAAUGUUAUAAAUUGAUUUGCAUUUUAAUGAGGGAAAUAAGUAUUUGACCCCCUCUCAAUCAGAAAGAUUUCUGGCUCCCAGGUGUCUUUUAUACAGGUAAUGAGCUGAGAUUAGGAGCACACUCUUAAAGGGAGUGCUCCUAAUCUCAGUUUGUUACCCGUAUAAAAGACACCUGUCCACAGAAGCAAUCAAUCAAUCAGAUUCCAAACUCUCCACCAUGGCCAAGACCAAAGAGCUCUCCAAGGAUGUCAGGGACAUGAUUGUAGACCUACACAAGGCUGGAAUGGGCUACAAGACCAUCGCCAAGCAGCUUGGUGAGAAGGUGACAACAGUUGGUGUGAUUAUUCGCAAAUGGAAGAAACACAAAAGAAAUGUCCAUCUCCCUCGGCCUGGGGCUCCAUGCAAGAUCUCACCUCGUGGAGUUGCAAUGAUCAUGAGAAUGGUGAGGAAUCAGCCCAGAACUACACGGGAGGAUCUUGUCAAUGAUCUCAAGGCAGCUGGGACCAUAGUCACCAAGAAAACAAUUGGUAACACACUACGCCGUGAAGGACUGAAAUCCUGCAGCGCCCGCAAGGUCCCCCUGCUCAAGAAAGCACAUAUACAUGCCCAUCUGAAGUUUGCCAAUGAACAUCUGAAUGAUUCAGAGGAGAACUAGGUGAAAGUGUUGUGGUCAGAUGAGACCAGAAUGGAGCUCUUUGGCAUCAACUCAACUCGCCGUGUUUGGAGGAGGAGGAAUGCUGCCUAUGACCCCAAGAACACCAUCCCCACGUCAAACAUGGAGGUGGAAACAUUAUGCUUUGGGGGUGUUUUUCUGCUAAGGGGACAGGACAACUUCACCGCAUCAAAGGGACGAUGGACGGGGCCAUGUACCGUCAAAUCUUGGGUGAGAACCUCCUUCCCUCAGCCAGGGCAUUGAAAAUGGGUCGUGGAUGGGUAUUCCAUCUUGACAAUGACCCAAAAUACACGGCCAAGGCAACAAAGGAGUGGCUCAAGAAGAAGCACAUUAAGGUCCUGGAGUGGCCUAGCCAGAAAAUAGAAAAUAUGUGGAGGGAGCUGAAGGUUCGAGUUGCCAAACGUCAGCCUCGAAACCUUAAUGACUUGGAGAAGAUCUGCAAAGAGGAGUGGGACAAAAUCCCUCCUGAGAUGUGUGCAAACCUGGUGGCCAACUACAAGAAACGUCUGACCUCUGUGAUUGCCAACAAGGGUUUUGCCACCAAGUACUAAGUCAUGUUUUGCAGAGGGGUCAAAUACUUAUUUCCCUCAUUAAAAUGCAAAUCAAUUUAUAACAUUUUUGACAUGCAUUUUUCAGGAUUCUUUUGUUGUUAUUCUGUCUCUCACUGUUCAAAUAAACCUACCAUUAAAAUUAUAGACUGAUAAUUUCUUUGUCAGUGGGCAAACGUACAAAAUCAGCAGGGGAUCAAAUACAUUUUUCCCUCACUGUACCUACUUACCCUAACCCUAGCUCUAACCCUAACCUUAACCCUUAUCCUAACCCUAAACUUAACCCUAACCCUAGCCGUAACCCUUACCCUAACCCUUAUUCUAAACCUAACCCUAACCGUAACAUUAGCAAGCAGUCGCUUAUCAACAGAUAGUGUACUGAUAGAAUGGCCAUCUGUAGGGCAUCUACAGAUGGAAAAUCCGGACUAUCCAAAUAAAGUGUGACCAAUCAAUCAAAUCUCUGUCUCUCUCAGGGAUGUGGUUGUCCAGCAGAGGAGAGUACAGUGUGAGGGUCUUCCUUCCUCAGAGCUGCAGGAGCAACAGAGAGAGAGACUAACAGAGCCACUGCAGCAGGACAAAAGAGGUGUGUUUUUGCUUAUAAUUGUCCUAUUUCACACAUUUGAAUUGGAAAUAAUAUUUUUGCGUAUCCCAACUCCCCCUGAGAGGGGGAUCACGGCCAGGGUCUGCCAACGGGUGAAGUGCCUAACUCAAGGGCACAUCUACAGAUUUCUUCACCUUGGGGAUUCGAACUAGCGAGCUUUCUGUUACUGGUCCAAUGCGCUAACCUCUAGGCUACAUGCCGCCCAGUGUCAGUAUCUGUGUGUAUUACUGGGUGAACAACAGCAACUAUACUCGAAACGAUUUGAGAGAGUUCAAGGAGAGUUCAAAACAGUGCACAGUCCUCCUCCAGGCUAAUACUUCCCUCCUCUCCACCCCCUAAUUUUUCUUUAAUUUUCUCUCCAUCUUCUCCACCUCCACCCCAGUGAUGAUCAUUCCAAUCCUGGAUGGGGACCAAGGCGUAGCUACCGCCCUCCUCUUGGUGAGCAUGCUCCACAUAACCAUCUCACCUAUCUGCCUUACAGUCUGAAAGAUAAUACUUCAUUCUUAUGACUGUAACUCUGUCUUCUCUAUUCUAAAAGGUUUGCUGUACACUGCCCACUAUAGCUCAGGAACAAAGCCUUGAUGUCCUGGAGAAACACGUGAGUAUGAAGUGCCUUCUCCAGACCCACCGGUCCUUUCAUGGGAUCACAUUCUGAGACAACAGGCCUGCUCUGAAUGCAGCUGACAUUUGCUGGUACAACUCUGAUUGUGCCUCACAGGUCACCGUAGCCUGUAAGAGAGUCCAGGCUCUGCAGGGUCAAAGGCUCACCCAGGGGUCAGAGGUCAACAGGACACCAUGUCUAUCCCUGAACAAGAGGACAACAACUGAUGUGGACUACAGUGCACUGGACCAUCAGAUCCUGAGGCUUUGUGGUAUGAUAGUGGGAUGGGAGACGUACAUCUGUAUUUUGCUGUCUGUAGACACAUCAAUGUUGAGUGUAUUGGAUAAUAGUAGAUAAGAAUAUAUUAUAAAGUAAUAUAAAGUAAUCACUUUAUGUUGCUUCUUUCACUCCUUACUAUAGGAGAGUUGUAUGACCUGGACGCUGCCUCCCUCCAACUUAAAGUCAUCCGUUAUGUGAGUCCAGAACCAUAAAUAAACUGUGAAUGAUCAGAGCUGGUUGAUCGUUUGAUUGAUACACAGUGACUGUUUGACUGAAUCGGUUGUAUUGUUGUUUUCACAGCUGGAGGAGCAGACUCAGUCAUUGUGCUGCUGUUUACUUCUGGUAUCAGAGAAUAACCAACAGCUGUUCUGUCAGGUACACAUACACACACACAAUAUGCAAUCAUCUAAAAUGAAGCAAAAGUUGCAAAAAUAAACAAAGACAAGUUUGUUAGAUGUCUUUGUUAUUCCUCAGGUAGUUGGAGACAAUGUUCUGAAGGCGGAGAUCAGUUUCCCAGUAAGUUACACAACACAGCCCUUCUAUCCCUCUGACAUUACCACCUGUGUCCCUGCUGCUGCCCCUUACUCUGCCUGACCCUGUCUAUCUGUCUGGGGUCCAGUUGACAUUUGGCCACCUUGGUCAGGCUGUGCAGAAGAGGAAGAGCAUCUCCCUGCAAGACGUCACUCCAGUAAGAACACUGAAAUGUUCCUGAUCAGUAUUGUAGUGUUUUGUAGUCUUACAAUAAGUAGUAGGUUUGGAUGUGUUUGAUGCUCGUGUUCUCUACAUCUCUGCCCCUUUCCCUUCUUCUCUGGGCUAAUAAUGUAGGAGGAACACCAGCAGCUGAACAGCACUCUGGGAUUUGAAGUUCUCUCUAUGCUGUGUGUUCCUGUUGAGUGUCGGGCCACCACCAAGGUUGUGGCCCUCGCCUGUGCCUUCAACAAAAAAGGAGCAGACAGGUAUAGAGCUAUGUGUGUUAGCGUAAGCGUGCAUACGGCUGCCUGUGGGUGUAUGCGUGUGUGCAUGGGUAGCUGCAUAUGUCUGUGUCUUACUGUAAAAUAUUGUAUGUGUGUUUGUCAUCCUUCAGACACACAGAGGUGGAUGAACACAUAGUGCAGCACUGUUUCCGCUACACAUCCUCAGUACUGACCAGCACACUGGCCUUCCAGAAGGAACAGAGACUCAAGUAUGAAUGUCAGGUAAGGAGACGCUACCUGACUGCACUCAUUGACCACUGAGCCAAUACUGUACUGUGCUAGCCUUGCUCUGCGUGACUGACCUUUGUCCAUCACAAUCCCUAACUUGGUGAGAAUCUUUAUCUAGGCCACAAAUACACUUCUAGUCUUCUCAACUGUUACCUGUGUCUGUUUGGGUUCAUAUAGGCACUGCUUCAGGUCGCCAAAAACCUCUUCACACAUUUGGGUACGUAUCAUAAUUAACCUAAUUUUAGUGGCACAGUGAGGCAUCAGUGUCAGCCGUUAUAACAACAGUUAUUUAUUUCUGUCUCCAGAUGAUGUAUCAGUCCUGCUGAAAGAGAUUAUUGCAGAAGCCAGGAGUCUCACCAGUGCAGAAAUGUAAGUACUGUAUUACCAUAAGGCUAUCACAAGGAUGGUAACAAAAGUGUUAGUAACAUUGAUUAAUAUGACCCUUCUAUCUCUCCUCCAGUUGUUCUGUGUUCCUGUUGGACAGUGUCAGUCAUGAACUGGUUGCCAAGGUGUUUAAUGGAGGAGUUGGUUAUCGAUGAGGAGGUAGGUCGUCAUCCUAAACUCACUCCCACCAAAGCCCUAAUCCACAGACUUUUUAGCAUUAGACAAAAUGGUAUUGUAUAUGGCUGUUAUUUCCAGAGUGUAAUGGCCUCUUUCUUCUCGUCUCAGACAGAGCUGCGUAUCCCUGCUGACCAAGGCAUAGCAGGCCAUGUGGCCACCACAGGGAAGAUCCUCAACAUCACAGAUGCCUACUCCCACCCUCUCUUCUACCGUGCCGUGGACGACAGCACAGGCUUCAGAACACGCAACAUCCUCUGCUUCCCCAUAAAGGACGAACACGGAGGUCUGUCUCUGUCUCUCUUUUUUUCUUUUUCUUUCUCUCUCCAUUUUCCCUCCUCCCUAUUUCUGAUCUAUCUACUGAUAAUUGUAUAUCUCACAUCUCUCGCUCUCUCUUUUUCCCUCUCUCUCUGUUAUCCCUCUCUCUCUCUCUGUCAUUUCAGAAGUGAUUGGCGUGGCUGAGCUGGUCAACAAGACUAAUGGACCAUGGUUCACCCACCUGGAUGAGGACUUGGCCACAGCUUUCUCCAUAUACUGUGGCAUCAGCAUCACUCAUGUGAGUGCACAGGCAUCCCAUUUGCUUAUCCUAUAGACCUUAUAACUGAUUAUUACCUGACAUCUGGGUUUUUUUAUAGAGUAAAGGGCCAUCCAAACCAAGGACGAUAACUAUAACGAUAAAUUAUACAUAACUAUAAACGCUGGUGAGCAUCCACACCAGCAGACAGUUUAUCGUUCUGCAGUACACCUGUCAAUCAGCUGAUUAACGCAUCCUUCUGCACGCUGUAGGCCUAGUAAUAAGGUGGUAACACAGACCAUUCAUUGCUUUAAUGUACAUGUAAUGAAAAGUAAUAUAGAAACUCAUUUUUAAAUGUAGCAAUUCAACAACAAACGCUGUUUAGCCUGCACAUCUUUUACAUAAUGUCAUUGAUUAUGCAACCAUUUGGAUUAGUUAUUGGUCUAUUCUCAACAGUUUACUAGGUCCAGAAAGACAUAUUAGCAGGCCAGUCAUAGUGAGUGUUUUGUCAGACUCAGGAUGUAUCGGCAUUAACAGAUAGGCCUACCAAUCGGAAAAUAUGGCCUUCUCAUGCGCUGUUUGUCGUGGAUCAUCAUUCUCCCAAGUCGUCCUAUAAUUAAUGUUGCCACCAAUAUGCUCACACAUGCCCAGUUAUUCAGGCAAGCUUACCAUGCGCUCAGCCUUCUCUCCUCUCCGAGCAGCAUCGCGCACCUAGAACCAAGAAUGCUUCAAUACAAUGCUUUUUCGAUUGGUUGUCAAUGUUUUAUCAUCAGAGGGACAGGGAAAAUCAUCGCUCUGAAAGUGAUCCGAACGAUAGCUCUUGUAAUCGUUCUCCACUCUUUUUGUAGUUGUGGUUGUACUGUGAACGCUCCUGUUCACUUGAAUUAGAACAAUAAAAUAUAUAUAUCUCGUUAUAGUUAUCGUCCUUGGUGUGGAUAUUGAUAAAUUGAUUAACACUAAUUUGUCAUCAACAAUAUUGUCAUCAUUUCUGUUCCUCCUCAGUCCCUCCUAUAUAAGAGGGUCGAUGAAGCACAGUUUAGGAGUCAGCUGGCCAAUGAGAUGAUGAAGUACCACAUGAUGGUAAAGCAUCCAAUCAGAGCACUUCAACCUAUUCAACUGAUCUCUUCAAUCUAUGAAUGCAGAUCCAGUCAUUGUUAUAUUUGGCAGUUAAUGUCCUGACCUUUGACCCUGUCUCUCAGGUGUCAGACGAGGAAGUGACCCGGCUACUGACUGUGGGCAUCCAGCCUGUAGGGGAAAUCCACCCCAGCUUCUCCAGCUUCACCUACACACCUCGCUCCCUGUCAGACGACUGCACACCCACAGUGAGACAAUCAACACACAAUCUUGGAGAAAGACACUGGUAGUGUUUAUUAUUUCUGUUUUCUCAUGUCUCUCAAUCAUGCCUCCUUUUUUUAGGCUGUGAUCAGCAUGUUUGAGGACAUGGGCUUCAUCAACACCUACAAGAUUCACAUUCACACGCUGGCCAGGUUCUGUCUAAUGGUGAAGAGAGGCUACAGGGAUCCUCCAUAUCACAACUGGAUGCACGCAUUCUCAGUCUCUCAUUUCUGCUACCUCCUCUGCAAGAACCUGGAGCUCUCCAACUACCUAGAGUAAGAACACACAGAGAAAUGCAUUUUAAAACUUUGUUACGGUAAAGUGAAACACCCUCAUGAACACUUCAACUCACACUGCAGCGUCCUCUUUCAGGGACAUCGAGAUGUUUGCUCUUUUUGUGUCCUGCAUGUGUCAUGACUUGGACCACAGAGGGACCAACAACUCCUUCCAGGUGGCAUCGGUAAGAUCCCACAUACCACAAACACACAGACUUAUGCUGUAUGUAACCUUUCUAUAUCCCACUAAGCACGGAACGACGCCGAUGUCUUUUGGAUGUAUUUUUUUGGUCCUGUCCGGACCAACCGUCUUUUUUUGGUGCGGUCCGGACCGGCCUUGAUUUCAACGUCCGGACCGGACCAAAUAUGAACCUAUCAUAGACGUCUACGUUUGGUUCAGAUUUGGUCCGGGCCGGACUGGCCUUGAUUUCAACAUCCGCAAAUGUCCAGUCCUGACGGGCCUAUAUUUGGCCCAAACAUAGAUUUGGUCCGGUCUGAACCAAUCAUUGAUAUAUAUGUUUCACAAGUUAGGACAGCACAGUACAGUACAGUAGAGUACAGUAAAUUAAGGAAAAGUUAAGUAUAACUCAGUACAGUACAGGACAGUAUAGUACAGUAUAAUGUACUGUAUUGUACCCUACUUUACUCUAAUGUACUCUACUAAACUGUACUGUACUCUACUGUACUGUACUCUAUUCUACUGAAUUAAACUGCACUGUACCAUACUCUACUGUGCUCUUCUGUACUGAACUGUGCCGUACUGUACUAUGCUGUUCAAACUUGUGAAACAUAGCCUAGAUGUCUAUGAUUCGUUCAGAUUUGGUCUGGUCUGGACCGACCACAUUUGUACUUAUUUGGGGGCUUCAUUCAUCAGACGCGCUUAUCCAGAGCGACUUACAGUCAAUGCAUUCAACUAAGGUAGAUAAACAACAACAUAUCACAGCCAUAGUAAGAAAAAUAUUUUUCUGUAACCGUUACUGAGAAUUGUAUUGUAUUUGAAGUGGUCUGUUGGUUUAUUCUGUAGCUUGGACUACUUUGAACAUCAUCGCUGCCAGUUUUAACAUAAGUGCAUGUGACAGAUAGGAGCAAUAAUAAAUAUUAUAUGUUGCAAUCUUCAGUUGGCUCCUCUUUCCUAUAUUAAAUUGAUUUAAACAUUAUUAUUGUGAUAUAAUGCAUACUUCAUUGAGAAUGUAUUUGCAGUUUAAAGGACAAUUCCACCACUUUAUAACCAGUUAUUAUGCUGUAAGUACCUGUAUACACUGAGUGUACAAAACAUUAGGAACACCUUUCUAAUAUUGAAUUGCACCCCCUUUUGCCCUCAGAACAGCCUCAAUUCGUCGGUGCAUGGACUCUACAAGGUGUUGAAAGUGUUCCACAGGGAUGCUGGCACAUGUUGACUCAAAUGCUUCCCACAGUUGUGUCAAGUUGGCUGGAUGUCCUUCGGUUGGUGGACCAUUCAUGGGAAACUGUUGAGCGUGAAAAACCCAGCAGCGUUACAGUUCUUGACACACUCAAACCGGUGCGCCUGGCACCUACUACCAUACCCUGUUCAAAGGCACUUAAAUCUUUUGUCUUGCCCAUUCACCCUCUGAAUGGCACACAUAUACAUUCCAUGUCUCAAUUGUCUCAAGGCUUAAAAAUCCUUCUAUAACCUGUUUCCUCCCCUUCAUCUACACUGAUUGAAGUGGAUUUAACAGGUGACAUCAAUAAGGGAUCACAGCUUUCACCUGGAUUCACCUGAUCAGUCUAUGUCAUGGAAAGAGCAGGUAUUCCUAAUGUUUUGUACACUCAGUGUAUAUGCACUACUGUAAGAUUUGAUACAUAUUUUGAUGUUUUAUCGUUUUUGUUAGUCAUACUGCACGAUUCCUUGUUUCUGUCAUUUUUGAAGCUUCUGCAUUGCCCUCGUCUACAGUAUACUAGAAUUCCCAGGGUGCAUUUGACCUCCCAGGAUGCAAUGCUUCGCCCAGUCUGCAGUUAGCUUAGCUGGCUAGCAAGCCCAGACUAAAAGGCUCUGCAUGGUCAAGCCGACCUCCGCAGAAGUCAGAGCAUUCAUACACAUCCAAUAAAUUGGUCUGCACCGCACCACUCCUAGUGAUUCAGGGCUAAUCUCAAUAGCCAUCCAGCUAAUUACAAGCAACAGGUUAAACGAAAAGACAAGCCCUUACCUCUUCUGAGAUGUUGGUAGUCCGUUUCCCAGUGCUUGACAUAGGAGCUCAGCCAAGAUAGCAUGAAGUAAAAAGGCUGCACUGUUUUCCCACCUGCAUCUCCAUUCCGAAUCUCUCCAUUGCCCCCUAAAGUUAUCCUACAUUUAGGCUAUUGUUUAUAUGUGUAUAUCACACUAUGUUGAGGUAAGAAUAGGAGUAUAAUCCUUGUAUGGAUGUCAACCCCAAUACAUGUUCAUGUCAUCGUCAUCAAUCAACUGCAUUACGGUUAAAAACUACUUUGACUACCAAAUUCGAUUUCUGUAUGUUACCAUGUUACAUGUUACCAGCUUAUACAAAUGGGAGUUAGCAUUUAGCAGUCACUUUUUCUAAACUUGAAAAGGGACAACUUCUAAAUGUUAUGCAGUGAAAAUAGCCAAAUAUAUCCAAAUCAGAUUUUAGUAACCACAUUGUGGGCCUGUUACACUUUGUUAGAUCAGACUGGUUGAAUGUGCGCCAAUCCAGCAUCCUUCUAUCCCACGCUCUGCAUUCCAUUGACCUCUAACCCCAUUACCUCCCCGAUCUCUUUCCAGGAUUUCAAACUAAUUUUUGUGUCUUUGAAAUUCCUUACAUGAGGUAUCAUAAAGAUGUUUUUUUAUUUGUGAACUUGUUCUGAUAGCCUUUCGUCAAAGUUCUCCAUGUUUGUUGACAAGGAAGUUGUCUUCUUCUUCAAUGAGGUUUAACAGCGGUUGGCAUCCAAUAAAUGUUGCAUUACCGCCACCUACUAGACUGGAGAACUCCCUUAUACUUUGCUUGAAAAAAUAAAAUAAAUAUCCUACCAUCUAACACUACACUCACAAAAAAAUAAAAAAUAAAAUAAUAAUAAUAAAAUAACACCACCCUACUCCACUAUUUAAAUCUAUUUAGUCCUACCCAGGCCAACAACCUGAAAGGAUGGGACACCACCACUUAACACACCCUGUAACUCUUCUGAUGUCAAGUCUCGCACACCCAAAUACCUCUCUGCUGCUGCCACUACAACCUCAAUUUUCUGCAACUUCCGUUCCAUCCCUGCAGUACAGUUGGUAACCAUUGCUAUAAAUGCUAAAAAUCCAAUCUUACUGAAACAUAUAUCACUUGUUGGCCUAUCCCUCUGUACUACUCACACCACUCCUCUCAGGAUCCCUCCCCCUUGACCCAUCUUCCUCUACUUUCUUCACUGCCUCAGCAUAUGACAACUUCUGCACUACUCUAACCCUGGAAACCUCAACCUGCCUCUCUCGCACGGGACAUUUCUGAUCCCCAGCCCCAUGGGCACCCCUACAAUUAACAGAUACCACUACUUUCCCCAAUGCUACACAUUCCUUUGUCUCAUGCCCUUCUGCACACUUCUCACACCUAGGAACCUCCCUCCUACACACUGCUGCCACAUGCCCAUAAGUUUGACACCUGUAACAACGUAAUGUAUUCGGCACAAAAGCUCUUACAAGAUAACUUAUAUAUACUAACAUCACUUUGUCGGGCAAAGACUCAACAUCAAAACUCAAAAGAACAGACAACGACUCUUCUGUUUCACCACUCUCGCCACCCUGUCUGUGUCGCACCAAACGACGAGCAUCACAAACACCGGGAAUCUUCCCCUUCAGUUGGUCAACUUUUACAUUUACUGCUACCCCAGUAAUCUCUUGCCACCAUUAGUUUAACGCGGACACCUGCUCCCUCUGAUGAGCAGAAACACAAACAAUUAUUGUUACCCUCACCGAUUCCACAGCACCCAACUCUGUUUUCACCCACCCUGAAACCACAAAUGGAUCAGCCAAAAGACAAGGUUCCACCUUUUCCAAAAACUUCAUUCCUACUGUUACAGACUCAUCUUUAUCCUGACCCUCGUGUAACCUCAGGCUCCAAGAACUUCACCACACCUACCACCUCCGAUACUUCACCCUCAUUCACUUCCAUUUCUCCUCCUGUCUUCAGCUCACUCUGCUUAUACUUUCUACCAUUCUUCUUUAACAAACCAUCUCCCUUUUUCCCGCCAUUUUUUACCAACUCAAUCUCACCCUAUUCCUCCCUCGCUCUCUUAGACCUCCUCUGCCUCUCUUUUUCCCUCCAUUCCUCCUCCGUAUUCCAAGUAUACGUCUCCUUAUGAUAAUACUGCACUUCUGCUGACAUACAUCUUGUUCUUGCCUUCUCAAGGGACGCCAUUUAACUGGCAAUCAGCACAAACCCCUCGGGAUGUAGCGCUCAACAGUGCAUCCCACAGAGCGCGUCUUGAUGUUCUUCUUUAUCAAUAGCUACCACGACGCUUUUCCAUUUGAAAUAAGUGCGCUCUUCCAACCACCAUCCACCGUCACUCAUUACGCUCUGUGUCGCCCGGUACUCUCCAAGGAAGUUGUCAGGAAGUGAGUUUGUAUUUAUACAGGAUGUACCGCCCCCACCUACCUUCAACCAAUCAUGUAAUUGUUACAACAUUUGGGAGGUGCACGGUGAUGCGGUACAGAGCUCGAUUUGGCCUCCGCAAGCCUUCGGAGGCUCCGCAAUUGCAUCACACCCUCCGUACUGUGCCUCCAGAUCGCAUGCUAGCUAGCCCGACUGCUACACCCAAAAUAAUAGUGUUUGCAACAAUAAUAGCCAAGUUUAAUCUUAAUGACUGUCUUAAACAACAGUUCAAACAACACGUAGGCCUGUUAGAACACAACAUUUAUUACACAGCAUUUAUUAUGAAAUGUAUAGGCAAAUCACUACAGGAUCCUAGUCUCUCAUGUUUAAAGCCUGUAUCUUUGGUGCUAACAUUAGCAAUGCUAGCUAGCUACGUAAAGUAGCUAACCCUGCUGCAUCUGAAAUGUUUUCAACAUUAACAGCCAAAUACAGCCUUAGCGAUGUUUCAAUCAACCAUCCAACAACACUGUAGAGCUAUUGGAACUAAUAAAACGUUUACAAGUAAUUCACUACGAAAAUAUAGGUUAUUUGGAAAGGACGCAAUGGCCAGAGCUGCAACUUCGUCUGUGAUGGUGGGAGUGGUUUUGCCAAAUGGAGUCAUGGGAGUUUGAGCCUUGAACAACAUAACAUUAUUGGAGUAAACUGACUAUAAAUAUCAUUCUAUAGGUUUUUGGAGGAAGACAAUCAUAGCAAUAUAUAGCAGGGAGUUCCAAUAUGAUCAGAAAACUACAGACAGGUUAUAUAGAUAGCUGAAAAGGACUAUCCAUAAUUUAUUUGAUUAGUCAUCUCAGAGAUUCUACUUGAAAACUUCACAGAGAAGCAAUUUACAGUUUUGCUCAUCAAUAAACAGUCAAUAGACAUGAAAUCAUAAUAAUACACACUAUGUAGGACAUCACUAAAUACUUAAUAAUAACAACCCAAAUGUUAAAAGUGGCGGAGUUGCACUUUACAUUUAGCCAUAGAAUCAAUUAAUAAAAAAUAUGUAUUUUCAACAUCUGUAAAUUACGUAUUUUCUAUUUUUAACUUCCAGAAAAUACGUAUUUUAAACGUCCGGAAAAUAUGUAUUUUAAACGUCCGUAAAGUAUGUAAUUUAAACGUCCGGAAAAGACGGUCUUUUCACCUUUCAUUCAGAACCUAAAAUAUAUUUUGCUUACUGGAAUCACACAAACUGCCACUGAAGCAUGCAUUACAAAAACUAUCUGUUUCUCUUCUCUUCUCCAGAAAUCUGUGUUGGCUGGCCUGUAUAGUUCUGAGGGAUCUGUGCUGGAGGUAAACACAAAGUUUCAUGAAACAGAAAUGUAUUAUGCGUGUCCCUCAUCUGAAGGGAAAAGGUAAAAACAUGAGUUGAUUGCGCACUGGGUCUUUGCUAUCCUCUAGUGGAUAUGAAAUGUAAUUGCAGCCUCACCACUGACUAUUGGUUUUCAUUUCCAGAGACACCACUUUGCUCAGGCAAUCGCCAUCCUCAACACCCAGGGCUGCAAUAUCUUUGAGAAGUUCUCCAGAAAAGUAAGACAAAGGCAAUGUAAGGACAUUCCUCUUUUCUCAUGAGGUUUCUAGUUGGUUUUGUACUAUUUUGAAUGUUUCUGUGUUGUCUUUUGGUUGCCAGGACUACCAGAGGAUGCUUGACCUGAUGAGGGACAUCAUCCUGGCCACAGACUUGGCUCAUCACCUGCGGAUCCUGAAGGAUCUGCAGAAAAUGGCAGUUGGUAAGUCACCCCCCCUCCCCAUACAUCCUGUCUGUGUGUCUUAUAAGCGGUAGGUAGGUAGGUAGUUAUUAGCUUCUACAGCUCUUCCAUUUCUAUUUAGAAUCCUUCUGUCUGUUGUGUCUUCCAGUGGGCUACAACACCAAAGACCCUCAGCACCAUAACCUGCUACUGUGCCUGAUCAUGACCUCCUGUGACCUCUCUGACCAGACCAAGGACUGGAAGACCACCUGGAAGAUCGCAGUAAGAACCCACUCAGAUCUGACUCCUCUAAUAAUAAUAAUAAUUUGGGGGUGCUUAUAUUUUUCCUUUUAUACACAAGUGUGAAAUGUUUUUUUUUGUUGCAUAUCCCAACUCCCCCUGAGACACCCGUAGGGUCACACCCCUGGAGCAAUUAGUCUUGCUCAAGGGCACAGCGAUAUAUUUUUAUUUUCACCUUGUCGGCUCCGGGAGUUGAAACAGAAACCUUUCGGUUACUGGCCCAACGCUCUAACCUUGAGGCUACCUGCCGCCCCUAAACCAACUGUGUUCCCACCUUCUUUAUUGCAUUUAGAUCCAUUUGAUUGUUCUUAGUAAAAUGGCAUAGGCCUCCAUGCAGUAUGUUCACAUGAAACUCAUGUCUGUUUUUGUUACAGGGACUCAUUUACAAGGAAUUCUUUUCUCAAGGAGAUCUGGUAUGUAUGCAAUUUUUUAUGAAUGCCAAACAUUGUAUGCAUCAUAUUGUUCUCUGUCUCCAUGUAGUACAUGAACAUGAACAAUUUCCUGUGUGUGUGUGUCCCUGUGCUUGUGGCUGCAGGAGAAGGCUAUGGGGAACCGUCCCAGUGAGAUGAUGGACAGGGAGAAGGCCUACAUCCCAGAGCUGCAGACUGGCUUCAUGGAGCACAUAGCCAUGCCCAUCUACAAGUGAGUCUCUGACUGAUCCCUAACCCCCAUAUCUGGGAGAUGAGGGGUGUAAUUGUUAUCUCAGACAAUAAGAACUGUUGUGUGUUGUAUAUUACAUAUUAGUGGACCCUCCUUAGCUUGUGUCUGACUAUACUUUCCUCCCGGCUUUGCUCCCUUCUCCUGCAGACUCCUCCAGGACCUGUUCCCCAGGUCGGCAGAGCUGUAUGACACCGUGGCCAGCAAUAGAGAACAGUGGGGCAGGGUCUCUCACAAGCUCAACAUUAAGGGGUGGCCGGGAAACGAUUCUCUGGACUACCUAGAUGCAGAGUUUGAGCAGCUACAGGACGAGCAGAAUGGACAGACGGAACAGGGAGAACAGGAUGGACAGACAGAGCAGGGAAGGGACGAUGAGACCAAUGGUAGCCCUCCGGCCCAGUCCUAG